UCAGAGACGAAGAAGAAGACUUCUGUGGUCACUUAGCUUUGACUCAACUCGUUAAAUACAACGUUUUCACGGGUGGAUGUUUUCUUCCCGUCCCUCCCCCACCUGACAGAGUUCGGUGUUUAAUUUCAGGAAACGUUUCUCCACCCAUCAUGUCUCACAACAACCCGUACAGACGGCAGCCGCCUGACUCUGAUCUCAGACCUGAUCCUGGGUCGCACAGCUCUUCAGACCGCCGACAUGCCUCACACAACUUUUACAGGGCGCCUCAGGAGUCCUUCUCCUCAUCCUACCCAACCUCCUCCUCCAACUCAUCCCCCUCCUCCUCCAGAGGAGCUCAGGGACCACAGGAUGGCGCUCUCAGCAUCCUGAGCAGCUGUGGUCUGGAGCCCAGCGACCUGGCUCUGCUGGCCGAGCUGCCGGAAGACGUCCUCACUGUCGAGUCUCUGCCUCAUGUCCUCCAACAGAUCAAAGGAAAGAGGGGGACCGUCAAACCUUUCCCUCCCAAUGCUCCGUCUCCUUCCUCCACUUAUGCUCACAGCUCUGCACGUCGACGUGCUGUCAGCCCUUCCACUGGUGACUGGGAUCGUCCCCACAGCCAGCUGCUCCAGUACCCCCUGGACCAUCUAACGCACAGUCCUCUUCCAUCAGACCUGGACCGCUGGGGGAAUCCCAGGACCAGCAGCUCUGUCGGAGUAGACCCACCACCACCACCACCAUCAUCAUCAUCAUCAUCAUCAUCAUCCUCCAGCUACAUGGUGGACUUCCACCACAGACCAGGACCCUCUGAGUACAGUAAGACAAGCAGAAACACUGGUCCAGUUUCCUCUCAGGACUUCCACCACAGAUCAGGACCCCCUGGUUAUGGUAAGACAAGCAGGGACGCCCGUCCUGUUUCCUCUCAGGAUCAGGCCUCUUUGAGCUUUGCAGGAGGAGACAAAAAAACUCGUCCCUCCCGUUUCUCUCAGCCAGAACCAGCCAAAUACAGGUCCGCUCCUCCUCCUGAAGAGAACCAUCCGAAAACUCAUAGGGGGUGUCAUGAGACUGAGUCCUCUUCCAGCAAGAGCAGCAGCCGGCAGACCGCCUCGUUGCCCUCCAAGCAGGAAGCUCUGGACUUCCACGGGUCUUCUCCACCGAUGUUCCCGUACUCAUGCUGUCUGUGUAACAUUACUGUGAUGUCGGAGAAGGUGUGGAUUCAACAUAUAAACGGCACAAACCAUGCAGACGGACAGCUCAGCCUGCUGCAGCAGUUUCCUAACUGGGACUGUCGCGUGGAGACAGUCACCAGGGCUGACAACCAGUCAGAGAAGUGGAAGGAUGAAGGAGAACCUGGCUGGCAGCCUCAGCCAGCCAAUCGGGACUCCAUGACGCAGCCAAAUAAAAGACCUCACAAGAAGCCCUCAGAGAAAGGUAAAGUGGUGUGUGUGAAGUUUCCAGCUCAGUCCGUGGAUGAGACGCACCUGAGGAAACUGACCGAACCGUUCGGAAGGAUCGUCAAGAUCGUCAUGUUUCCAUCUUUAGCGUUUGUGGAGCUGGGCUCCGUCGAUCAGGCGAAUGACUUGGUGACGCUCUACAGUAGCUGUCCCCCAACUGUGAACGGAGAGCAGAUUGAGUUCAGCAUCUCCAAAACCUUCAGCUUCCUCCAGAGUUCUCGAGUGGUGAGUUUCACUCCAGCUCCGACGGGACAGAACGGCCUAUCGGAUCUGAUCUGCAUCGUCAAACGCUUCGGCCCGCCGCUCUACACCCUGUUCCUGCCGUCGAGGGCGUUUGUAGAGAUGAAAAAUACUCCAGAUGCUCAGAAGCUGGUGGAUUUUUAUUCCUCCAACAGUCUGAGGAUCAACAAUGACGUGAUCCAGGUUUCCUUCUCUGGAGAAUAUAAGAGCCUCUUGCGGGUCGCGUCGGCUAAGAGGUACGAAGAGGAACCGACCAAGAGGACGAGAAGCUCGAGCCGAGAGAAGGAAGACAAGAUGAAGAAGAGCAGUAAAGGGCGAGAGGAGGAGCGGAAGACCAGAACCAGGUCAAAAUCCAGAGAAAAAUCUACAGAAAAGAGGACCAGAACUAGGUCCAGGUCCAGGUCCAGAGAUAAAUUCGGCAGAGUCAGGAGGACCAGAACCAGGUCUAAAUCCAAUGAGAAGUCCAGCAGAGAGAGAAGGUCCAGGUCCAGGUCCAGGUCCAGAGAUAAAUUCGGCAGAGUCAGGAGGACCAGAACCAGGUCUAAAUCCAAUGAGAGGUCCAGCAGAGAGAAGAGAUCCAGGUCUAAAUCAAGAUCCAGAGGAAAGUCGGCAGUACAGUACACAACAGAGUCGACUGACGGCGACUCCAGGACCGAUCCUGAUCCAGCUCCUGCCAGAGACUCUGAAGCUGAAGCUGAAGCUGAAGACAGUGAGGAUGAAGCAGAGUUGUCCGCAGAGGAGAGCGACAUCGAGGGCAUGGAGGUGAUUGGAGAGGAUGGAGAGAACCUGGAGGGUGACGAUAUGGAAACUCUGGAUGAUGCUGAUGAAGAAGAGGAGGACGACGAAGGCAACGUGGAGGAAGCUGCUGAGAAAGACGAGUGUUCUGCUGAGAGAACAGACUCAUCUAAAGACGAAGAGGAGGAGACAAAGGAUGGAGAGGCCGAAGAUCUGGAGCAGCAACGGGAGAAAGUAAUGGAGGAGGAGCAACCAGACUUCCCAGUAGACCUGGAGAACUGCAUCACUCUGGAUGAACUGGAAGAAGAGCAGUCUGAUGACGAAGAUGAAGCAGAGCUGGCUGAACCCAAAUCUCCGUCCACCCGAGUGGUGCACUUCAGAAACCUCCCGCUGCGUUCCUACACCGACACAGAGUUCACCAGCCUCGUCAGAGAUUUUGGGACGGCGGUGCGCUUCUACCACGAGCCUCCAAGCUGUGGUUUCAUCGAGAUGUCGUCUUCUUCAGAGGCUCUCAGAGCAGUUGAAGAGCUGAGCAGUAAACCCGUGACCUUCAACAGCUCCAAACUCCUCGUCCAGAUAUCCGAUAAAUACAAAAGACUCACCAACGGGCGGCCUGUUCCCUUGGACGAGGACUCAGACGAGGAGAAGAGGAGCGAGCACAGGAGUCAAAGCAGCAGGAGGAGCGAGAGACUAAACAGGAACAUAAAGUCUGAGGGGAGGAAGGAGUCCUCAAAGAAGACUCCAGAGGAAGAGUCAAUGACUAAAAAGGCUCCAGAGGAAGAGUCAAGGUCUAAAAAGGCUCCAGAGGAAGAGUCAACGUCUAAAAAGGCUCCAGAGGAAGGGUCAAGGUCUGAAAAGGCUCCAGAGGAAGAGUCAAGGUCUAAAAAGGCUCCAGAGGAAGAGUCAACAUCAAAAGAAUCUCCAAAGACAGAGUUGACAUCUGAGAAAUCUCCAGAAAAUAUGUCAAUGUCCAAAACGGUCAAUAAAAUGUCUCCUGAAAAGGCACCGGUUGACAAAAGAGCUUCAGAAAAGAUGCCCAGAACAACACCAGAGAAUGAGUCAGCCAAUGAAAAGACUCCAGAGGAGUCAGCUGACACCUCAAAGAAGACAAUAGAAAAACAAAUAGCAGAAAAAGAGAAGGACUCUGCUGCUGCUAAAAAGAGUCCAGAAAAGGAGACGUUUCCUGAAACACUUCAAGAACAGAAGACAGUAAAAAGAAAAGCGACCUGUGAUGACUCAGCGCCUGAAAAGAAGAAGAAAGAGUCGAAGAGCGACGAGACUCCGAGAAAACAGGAGCUGGAGGCUGCAGAAGCUCCAGCAGAAGAAAAGUUGGAGAUCCAUGAGAAGGAAGGACCAGGACCAGGACUGGAGGAUGUGGAGAGUCCAGAUCCAUCAGACUCCACUGGAGAUCCUCCAAAACCACAAACUGAACAGAUCUGUUCUCAGAAACAGGACUCCCAGGUCCAAGUGGAGCAGUCUGGGCCUGCAGGGGGCGCUACCGAGCUGCAGAAACCCACCAAGCCUGUUGGAGCAGAGUUUGUUCGACCGGUCGUCGGGUACUUCUGUCACUUGUGUCAGCUGAUCUACGCCGACGAGGACGAAGCCAAACUGCAGCACUGCAGCAGCCUGACGCACUACAGGAAGUACCAGGAGAAGACGGGCAAAGAUCCGUGGCUCACCUGAAGGUGAACACCCAGAAAACUUUGAGGAAACUUCGGUCGGUGUCAUUUUGCUCAGCGGCACGAUGGCAGCCAGAAGCCUGUUAAUUCUGUUUUAAAGAGCUGAAAAGUUAAACUUCGAGUGUUGUUCAUGUUUUUAGGAGUGUAAAAUAAUUAAACGAGUCACAUCUGAGUCAGCGUUUUUAUAAAAUGUUGUCAACAGAAACAUUCAGACAUUAAACAGUUUGUUCUCGAUGAGGAUGGAAAGUUCACUUACUGACGAAGCAAAUGUUUCUAAAUAUCAGCGAUAACAGCUUGUUAACUAUGACAUACUUAAAGUUUCAAAAAACCAUUGUGUGGUUUGAUGUUGGAACUACUUCUUGACAAACUGGCGUAUCCAUCCGCCCAGCACUUCUGUCACUGAGUGGAUGGAUACACUGUUGGUCGUGAAAUAGUUCCAGGACUUCAGUCUGUUCAUCAGUGAAGACUUGAAGCUUCGCACAGAGCCAGGCCACAUCUCCUCCCUCUGCUUCCGGUUUUUAUGCUAAGCUAGGCUAACAUUCAAAACUGUCCAAAAUGUCCUUAAAUUCAACACGACUACACUGUAAAAGAUGGACGACUAAAUCCAACAUGUUCCUGCUUUUAAUGACUUUAUUUUGAAUCUAGUUCUUGAAAAUUCAAAUGAAGGCUCACAUUUCCUUCAAACAGGGCAGCAGCUAACGGCGAGUUAUUCCUGUCAUUGACUUUUUUUCAUCAUAAAUGACUAAGAAGUAAAAAUAUUAGCUGGUUUCUUCUGUCUCGAUGUUUUCAGACAUCACCUGUGAUUCAGAGCGUGUCGCACAUUUUAACGAUGUUCUGAUCGUUGAC